UUUACUUUAUUUCUUUAUUAUUUUGCUACACUUGAAGUUUUUCAUUUUUCUCAAACACUUGCAUAUAUCAUUUUGCUUAAUAAUAUACGUAUACAACUCUUCUUUUUCUGUAUAUAUAAAUCUAAAUGUAUGUUCUUAUACAACUUUCAACGUGAGGUUUUUUUUGGUGGGGGAGGAGAAAAUGGUUUACGGUUAUUCUAAUCCCUAUAAUUUCUCAUGUUACAACUCACAACUCACAACUACCCACUUCCCACGUCUCUCGCUAUCUUUCUCUUCUUUAUAUUAUAUACAUCUCACACUCAUCAUUUGUUUGUAAAAUCAUUACUCUCUAUAUAUUUAAUAUUCUUCUACUCUUCUCACUUAGUAAGUAUAAUAUACUAUAUAGCUCCUAUGGCGUUAACCUUUUGCUCUAAUAACUUCCCACAAAAUCUCAUAAACACAGAUACUGUCCUUUUUCCACAAACAAAGAAACAAAGAUCAUCAUCAUCAUCAUCAUCAUCAUCCACAUUGUCCUUUUCAUCAAACACCUACUCUUUCACCACUAAUCAUAAUGUGGAUCCUCCUCAACCAUUAUUGUUCCUCUCUAACCCAACAAAUCAAAACCCUUUCUUCUCAUCACCACCCCUCUAUUCCUCUUUCCAAUAUGAUUAUUACUACGAUCCCAUUACCAACACUAAUCUCGAUUAUUCUGAACCUGCCUUUUCAUCUCAUCACCCAGAAAUGGAAUUCUUCAUUGAUCCUAAUCAACACAUUGAUGAUCAACUACUACUGGCUCCCUUAUUGCCCGAACAAGUAGCCGUACCUGAAAAUUAUCUUGAUCAGAAUCAACAAGUAAUGAUGAUUAAUAACAACAACCCUUAUAGCGAGAUGGUAAUCACUGGUGCUGAUCAUGUCAGUGAGUUGAAGAGGAGGAGCAGCAGCAGUAGUAAGGUGGUGUCGCCGCAGAGUAUGGCGGCUCGAGAGAGGAGGAGGAAAAUAGCAGAGAAGACACAAGAAUUGGGUAAACUCAUUCCUGGUGGGAAUAAGAUGACCACUGCUGAAAUGUUCCAAGCUGCUUCUAAGUAUGUCCACUUUUUGAAGGCACAAAUUUCAGUUCUUCAGAAGAUGGGUAAAGAAGAAGUGUUGAACGUGAAAGAGCUUGAGGUGUUAACAUCUCCCAUUGUUCAAGAGAGGUUGUACUCAGAAGAGAAGUGUUUGGUUCUAAAAGAAUUUGUUGGUCAAACUACCCAUAAUCAAAUUAAUAUUAUCAAAUCUUAAUGAGAGGUUAGCUUUCAAACAAAUUAAUCUAAUGCUAGCUAGAUAACAUGU